CACCUUACCAUAUUCCUUACAAAAAGCGACGAAUCGGCGAUGGACUCCGACUCAGAUAAUGAAGAUUUUGUGUCCUUUGGAACUCCUCUUGAGAUAAUAGAGGAAGAUGAGCCCCUCCCGAAACCCAUAUCUGUACAGGACCAGAUUGUUCGUGAUCGACAGGGUCGUCAGCGUUUCCAUGGAGCUUUCACUGGAGGAUUCUCAGCUGGUUUUUUCAAUACAGUUGGAUCAAAAGAAGGUUUUACUCCAUCAACGUUUGUUUCUUCAAGAGCAAAGAGGGCUGAUCAACAUGAACACAGACCUGAAGAUUUCAUGGAUGAAGAUGACAAAGGGGAAUAUGGGAUAGCUCCAAGGAAACUUGUAACAACUCAAAGGUUUGCCGGUGAGGAGGUCGGCCCCAAGAAAAGACCAGCUACUGACUCUAACAUUAUUCCUGAUGAUGGCAGGAUACAAGACAUAAUCAAACCAACAGAUGAGACAAUUGGUGCAAGGCUUCUUCGCAGAAUGGGCUGGAAACCUGGACAAGGGGUUGGACCAAAGAUGGAAAGGAUAAAGAAAAGCAAGAGAAAGAAAAAUAAAGGUGGCGGCAGAGUGUACGGAUGUGCUAGACCGCCAGUGCAGGGACAACAGAGUGAUGACGACGGUGACGCUGAUGACAACCAGGAAGGGGACGACAAUGGCCCUGUGGAGGAUAGCGACGAGGAGGACUUCAUGCGGGGCUUCCUUUUUGCUCCCGACGACAUUCAGGACUUCAUCUUCGCCCUCAAGGAUGACCAGCACGGCAUCGGCUACCAAGGAAUGGACUCGAGGUCAAUACUCGGUGGCCAUGUAACUCUGUUUGAUGAACCAGUCAUGAAGCAGAACAGGCGACAAGGCAUAAAGGGUCAUGCAUUUGGAAUAGGAGCAUUUGAGGAUGAAGAAGAGAGCGAUGUCUACUCCACUGACCGAAUGUCCAACUAUGACCGUGUCUUAGGGGGAGAGGAAGAAACAACGAAUAAAAGGAUGUUUGGUUGGACAGGACCUCCUCCUCGACAUUCAAGUGAUGUUGAUAUUCUUGAUGGAUUCAAAGCCGCAUCUCAAGGGAAAAUUUCAAAAAAGGUGUUCCAUCCUCCAUCAUUGCCAAGGGACUUCCGUCCAUUUCAUCAAUUCAAUACUACCUUGGAGACACCCAACCCUCCCAAGACACAAGCUCACAGUCGGUUCACGCUCAGUGCAGACCAAAGAGCUGCCAUGCUCGGAGAAGAACAAUUACCAGGACCUUCGAGCAUAGAUGAGCUGUUGUCCAGUCAGGACCUGGCCCUACUUAAAGAAGCCCGUGACAAAGCAUCCAGUCGGGAGCAGGAUGCUCCUCGGCAUCAAACCCAAUGGGACAGGGGUGCUUCCCGCUGGUCUGCUCCUACCCAAGAAGCUACUGCCCAAGCAACAGGAUCAGGUUUCCAACCCUUUGCCAAGGAUGCGGAGAAGCAGCAGAGGUACGAGCUAUACUUGCAGAACAGACACCAAGGCUCCCAGACGGGAUCAGGGGACACCAGGACAGAAUGGGAGAAGCAGCAGGAGAUAGAAGAGUUCUCAAGGGCUGCAUCCCUCUACCAUAAACCUAUGUCAGGUCUCAUGGCAUCCAGGUUCGUCAGAGCCAAGCACUCAGAUGAUGUCGACGACACGGUGGAGGUUCCUGCUGAUCCGGGGGGUGAUGCGAAUGACCAGAGCAAGGCUGCGGAGAUGAAGAUGUUUGGUCAACUGACUAGAGAUACCAUGGAAUGGCACCCAGACAAGCUGCUCUGCAAACGAUUCAAUGUGGCGGAUCCAUACCCCGGAUCUUCGAUUGUUGGUCUUCCGACUGUGAAGAAGGACAAGUAUUCUGUAUUUAAUUUCCUUGAGAUCCAGCAAUCGACCAGUGCUCAGAUGGAUAUAUACCCUACUCAACCAGAAUUGCCUCAAGUUGCAUCUAAAGAUGUAGAAGAGCCACCUCGAGGAGCAUCUGAGAAAAGAUCAAGAUGGGACCAACAUCCUGGUAUCCUAGCCAAUGUUGGAUCUAAAAAAGAGGCUCGAGAUGAUGAAAAUCAACGAAAGAGCAAGAUUAUGGAAUAUGAAGUUCCCAUCCAGGAUUCAACUGGAGAGGGUGAUGACAAGCCCCGUCCUCCAUUAGAUCUCUUUCAAGCCAUCUUCCUGGACUCAGAUACAAGCAGUAGCAGCAGUGAGGAGGAUCAUGACAGUGAUGGUGAGGGGGAUCGGAAGAAACCCGAUGGGCCACCGCUUGCUGAACUCCUGACUGCAAAAGGUUUUGAUAGUUCAAGGGAAGGACAGAUUACAGGAGAGAAAGUAGGGUUCCCAACUUUUGGCCAGGAUGAGCCAGCUUCAUCAAUACAAAGACUGGAAAUUGAUAAUAAUAAUGAACAAGGAAAUGGAGAACUUUGUAGUCAUCAAAACAGAACUAGUGAUACAGUACAUAGUGAUGAAAGUAAGGGAGGUGUUGAGGAGGAGGAGGAGGAAUAUGGACCUGUGCUUCCACCACCUUCAUACCUUCCCCAGGAGUGUUCCUCAAAGCAUUCUGAAAGGCAGGAUGAUAGUUUUACAAAGAGAAGAAAAGGACGAGAUGAAGAGAGGAGGAAGAGGGAAAAGAAGAAUAAGAAGAGAAAAAAUGAACAUAAAAGUAGGGACAGAAAUAGAGAUAGAAGCAGAGACAGAAGCAGAGAUAGAAGCAGAGACAGAAGUAGAGAAAGAAGCAGAGACAGAAGUAGAGAAAGAAGAAAGGACAGAGAGAAGCAUUCCAAAGCAUCAUCAAGCCGGAGGAGUACACAUCGUGAAAAGAUAAAGAAAUCAAAACACAGACAUGGGGAUAAGCAUAAACAUAGCCAUCACAAGUCAUCAAAGGAAAGGAAACACAGACAUGCCUCUUCUUCAGAUUAUGAUGCAAGCCUUAGUAGUGACAAUGGGAAAUAGAAUCUAGGGAUUUUACAUGUGAAUCUUGGAUCAUCAUGAUUGCUAUUCGUCUUUAGAAUCAUCGGACCUUUCACACGCUCACUCAAAAAUUGUAAUAUGAGUGAAACUGAACUGGAAAUAACCUCCGGAGUAGAAUUUGAAUUUGUGGUUGUGAUUAGCGUUUGUGAUUCUAAUUAUGUUCUGGUUUGGUUUCACACAUGCUAAAAAUUCGUCAUUAGCCUUAUUUUUCACUGGAAUCAUUCAAAUUACGAUUGUUUUUCUGUGUGAAAGGGUGGUAUGACACUUAUAAAGCUUUUUAGGUCCUCCUGCACUGUCGCCAUCUUGGUUGGUCAUUUGCACCCUCUUCCACCCUGAAAGAUUUCAGGUUACAGGCCUCAAAGUCAUUUAGGAAAGUCCAGCACCAGGUGUGCUUGGGGUGGCCUCUUUUCCAAACCCGCGUCCAACCAGGCUGUCAAACAGUGCCCUCCCGAUGAUGGCGGACACUGGUGCAAAUUUGUCCAGACCAAUGGACCGCUAAAUAAAUACAUAAGAAAUUCAGACUGAAUUAUCAAUCAAGUUUCAGUCUAUUUUUCCUUUUGUACACUGCCUACUUAGCUUGUUGUACGCAAGCAAAUGGGAUGCUGAAUGUCAAACAUUUGUACCGUUGCACACAUACUGUCAUAAAUGUACUGUCCUUAAUGUCCUGUUGCCCGGGUCAGGAAAAGGUGACGUCUCUAUAAAAAUAUGAUUCAACGCUUUGCCUGCGCUUAGUAAAUGCGGGUGCAAUACGCGUAGGGCUUACUGGUUGAAUACGCAUUGCUGCUGCUGCAAAUCAGAUGCGUGUUUUAGGGACUUUCCUUUCGCUCUUAAAAUUUUCUUUAUUUUCAUAGAUUAACGUAGGAAAAUUGAUUAUUGUUCGUAUUUUUCACUAACUUCUGAGGCGUUGUACAACACGUAUGGCCAAUAUUAUUUGUGCAAUAAUGCGACAUUUCACAUUCAAUGAAAUAUGGAGUUCUGUUUGCAACCAACAAACGCAGAGGGCACAAACAUGUUGCAGCGUUAAUGCGACAAAACAAGCAGCUAGGAAGCGCAAUUCUUUGUGAAACACCCACCUGGCCGUGUAUGGAUUAAUAAUGAUACCAACAUGGGCAGAUAAGAGACAGUAGUUUUCCUUCCGCUUCAUCUACAUCUGUACUUUAAUGAUUUUUAUGAUCCAUUGGGUGCAUUUCACAAUCAUUGUUGAUGUGCUGUGAUGUCUUAAGAUAUGGAGAUUUUUAAGUCAAAAAGCAAUAUGAUUGAAUAAUAAAACAACUUUAUUUUUAAGAA